AUGCCACCCGCAUACGAGUACGACCCUAUGGGCCACCACCUUGUUGAGGGCGAAGAAGACGAGUUGGAACUCUAUUCUCCGUCAGAAGGCUCGUCAGAGGCCGACUCUCUCGGUUGGAUUACUUGGUUCACCACUCACAUCCCCGGACACGACUACUUCUGCGAGGUGCACGAGGACUUUAUCGAGGACGACUUCAACCUGACUGGCCUGCAAUCGUUGGUUCCCUUCUGGAAGGAGGCAUUGGAGAUGAUUCUGGACGCCGAGUUAGAGGAGGACUCGGCCAAGAUCCCAGACGUGUCCAUUGUCGAGUCGUCUGCCGAGCUGCUGUACGGCCUCGUCCACCAGCGCUUCAUUCUCACCAAGCCAGGGCUGUCGAUGAUGUUAGAGAAGUAUGAGCAGGGCGACUUUGGCCUCUGCCCACGCGUGUACUGCCACUCCACACACGUGCUGCCGUGUGGCCGGUCCGACAUGCCUGGCAUCGACACUGUCAAGCUGUACUGCCCGAACUGUAGUGAUAUCUACAGCCCACCGAGCAGCAAGUACUCGCAGGUGGACGGUGCCUUCUUCGGAACGUCGUUUGCGCCGCUCUUCUUCCAGACAUACCCCGAACUGCAGUCUGCGCCAUUUGCUCCAACAGAGCAACCACCAACGUCGUCAUCGACACCCAGCAACCGCUCCUCGCCGUCCAGAAUUGCCGAGUCAAUCGUCAACCCGAACGCGUACGGCGGACAGCGGCCCGCCCUGAACAAGGUGUACACCCCGCGCGUAUUCGGCUUCAAAUUUUCGGAGCGUGCGCGCAGCGGGCCGCGCAUGCGCUGGCUGCGCGAGCGGCCCGAGCGGUACGAUGAGCUUGAGGACGUCGACUGGAAGGGACGGUGGAAGAAGGGCAAGGGCACGGCGGCCGACGACGAAGAAGGGAUGAAGGCCGAGGGCCGCAACGGGCGCCUGUUUGACGACGAUGACGAUGAGGAUGAUGAGGAGGAAGAGGAAGAGGAGGAGGCAGCCGUCGCGCCAGCCGCCGGGCGAGUGCGCUAG